GAAUCAUCUGUCAGCCCCCAAGCUUCUCGCACAUACUUGAAGAAUGAUACUAAUGAAGAGGAAAGAAAAAUACUACUGGAUUCUGUGCAGCUGAAGGAUUUGUGGAAAAAGAUCUGUCACCACAACAGCGGUAUGGAGUUUCAGGACCAUCGUUAUUGGCUGAGAACAUACCCCAACUGCAUUGUGGGAAAGGAGCUUGUUAACUGGCUAAUUAGAAAUGGGCACAUUACAACUCGAGCACAGGCUAUAGCAAUUGGACAAGCUCUUGUGGAUGGUCGAUGGCUAGACUGUGUCACCCACCAUGAUCAACUUUUUCGUGAUGAAUAUGCCUUAUAC